AUGUCGCUCUAUUUUCGAGUUAAAAACCGCAGAACGACUAUAUUCGUUACUUCAAACCCCCAAGACGAGAUUUAUUCAAUACAUAAAGUAUUAUCUUCGAUUAUCAGUAAAGAUCCAAAACACAUAAGGCUGUAUAACGGCGAUAACCUGUUAGAUGCGGGUCAGACUGUUGAGUCUGCUGGGUUAACAGACGAAAUGGUGUUGGGUAUGACGACGUUUGAUGAGGAGACUGAUAAAUGGGAAGAGCUUCAAAUCGAUAAGCCAGAGCCAGCAGAUUACGAAGUAUCUUCAUAUGAUGAGGACAAUUACGGGAAGGGCAAAGCAAAAGCAUAG